ACCUCAACCGGAAAACACUCCAACUCAGCAGUGGGUGGAUUGUCCGGGCAGAAACACCGCAACCGGAAAUGACGUUAUCGUCCAGCAGAGAAAAUGCAGUUGCAGGAGUAAUGGCUGCAAAGCGCGAGCCGCUAAAAGGUGUUUAAUGUAUUGUCCUCCAGGAUUCGAGCCACAACAGCCUUCCUGAAGCCCUGUUAAUGGCCCAUUUGAGUUGACAUAAUGGCCCAGACUUCAAGUGGAAAUGGAUUCAAGCUUGAUGUACCCCAGCCAAAGGGGAUUGUGGGUAAAGAAGAAGCCCUCAGAAUGGAGGAGGAAGCGAUGGCAAAGUGUCAGAAGGAGAAGCAGCACUCUCUUUCAGCGUCCUCUCGCUUGUCUUCUUCCGCCCCAUCCUCUUCUUCUCAUAGACUUAUGGCCUCAUCUAUCACUACUCCACCUCAAUCAUCCACCAGACCAGAAAGAGACCUCAUCGUCUUCCCGGAGACCAAGAAGCCAGCGGAGAGCGACAAGUUCAGCGAUAUUGACGUGGAAAAAUUGACCAAUGAGGAGCUUGAGAAGCUCCUCCUGGAUGAUAACUUUGGGACUAGCAGCAGCAAGGCGACCCGUCCCUCCUCGUUGCUGGGCUUCAACCUCAGCGCCUCCUACCCGGGGGGCCAUGCCUGUAGUCACUCUCCAUUCCAGACUGGCCCGUGGACCCCUGUUAUAUCCACGACAUCCGGCUCUGGUGUCUCCACUCCCACCAACCAGCAAGCCCCCUUGUUCCCCUCCGCCCCCUUUCCCAAACCGGUCUCCUUCCAGAACGGCUUCCCCCCGGGGAUGUCCCCCUUCAUGGGCCUGACGGCCCCCCAGCCUUCCUUCAUGGGCUUCACCCCCAUCCAGACCGCCGCUCCACUCGUCUACCAGCAGCCCCCAGUCGACCCGGUGAUGGCCAGACUUUUUGACAAGAUCGCCAGCACUUCGGAGUACCUGAAAAACGGCCGAUUGGCCAGCAUGGAUGUAGACUCGGCCCCAGGCCCUGCCCUAUCACCAGCCCAUCCUGCCGCUGCCGAGGAACCCACUACGGUCAGCCGCUUCGAGUGGCUGGACCUCGACCCGCUCACCAGACGCAGAGACGAGGCAGAGGAGACGGCCGGGGCGAGAGUGACUGCAGCAGGGGACUCUGCUGGGGACCCCUGGGACGCAGUCCUUGAGACUGAAGGGAGUAGAGGCAGCAGCAGCCCCACCAACGAGGCCAAGCCCCCCCUCUCCACACAGGCUCAGCCCAGGAGGGCGUCAACGGGGGCCUCGGGGGGAGCUGCCAUGACCAGGGGCCACCCCCUCAGCCCACCCUCGACCUCAUCACGACAGCUUCCCAACAACCAGGAGAAGGCCCGAGCCAGAGGAACGGAGAAGCCCUCAGCACUACAGGAACCCGAGGCCCAGAACCUGGAGGCUGUGGCCUUCUGCACAGAAGUUGCCAUGCUGCGCUCCCGUUUCCCCCACGGCGACGUGUCCACCAACCCCGGCUACAUCCUCAGCCCAGUCAUCCCCCAGCGGGACGGGGGGGGGGACGGGGGCUGUUCCGUCAAGGUCUCCAUCGAGAUAUCGGACUCCCAGGAGCCGGUCACCUUCACCUGUGACGUGAGCUCUCCAGUGGAGCUGCUGGUCAGCCAGACCCUGUGCUGGGUGCACGACGACUUGGACCAGGUGGACUUCUCCUGUUACCUGCUCAAGGUCUGCGGCCAGGAGGAGGUCCUGCAGAAUAAACACAGCCUGGGGAGCCAUGAGUACGUCCAGAACUGCAGGAAGUGGGAGAGUGAGAUCAGGUUACAGUUACUCUCUCAGUCCACCAUGAGAAGAGACCUAGCCCGCACAGCUGAAGACGAGAGCUCCCCCAUAGACCUGGAGAAGCACCUGACUCUGGUGGAGAGGCCGUUCAAAGAGAAUGUCACCAGACAAGGCCUGUCUGACUACCUGGAAGGCUACCACAAGCAGGUCACCAUGUGCCUGCAGAACGAGAGCACCCAGUACAAGACGUUGGAGCGAGUGAUCCAGACGGUGAAGAACCUCUGCAGCGCCCUGGACGCUGUGGAGACCCAGCCCAUAACCGAGGCCGUCAAGAGGCUGCGCCACCAGGCCAACCUCCCCCAGGCGCGCUCCCCAGAGCUCGGAUCAAGAUCCUCUGGUCAAUCGUCCUGUUCAGGUAACGGCAGCCCUGUGCAGGAGGGCAUGGCGCAGCUGACUGAGGCGGUCUACGACCUGGCCAAACUCUACCUGCGCUCCUUCUGCCCCGUGGCGCCCUCCUUCAGCCCCAGCCCCGCCGACAGCCCGGCCGCCGAGGGGAGGGCCGCUCGGGAGGCCUCUGGCACCACGGACCACCUGCAGUUCACCGUGUUCGCCCUGCAUGGGAUCCCAGCCCCCUGGAUCAGCAGUUAUGAGAAGUACUACCUGACCUGCUCUCUCACCCACAAUGGGAGGAACCUGUUCAAACCGGUCCAGUCCAAGAAGGUGGGGACCUACAAGAGCUUCUUCUACCACAUCAGAUGGGACGAGCUGAUCAUCUUCCCCAUGGCGGUGGCGGUGCUGCCCCUGGAGUCUGUGCUCAGCCUGUCUGUGUUCGGGCUGCUCAACCAGAACGCAACCAGCUCCCCAGACUCCAACAGGCAGAGGAAAGGCCCUGAGCUGCUGGGCAAAGUGUCCAUGGCUCUGUUCGACUUCCACAGGGUGCUCGUCCAAGGGAGACAUCUCUUGUGUCUCUGGUCGUCCCCUCUGGGGCCGGCUGCAGCGGCCGUGGGGGGGCGGAGGAGGAACCCUGCUGAGAGGAUCGUACUGCAGGUGGACUUCCCCAGCCCCUCAGCAGAGGUCCUCUAUGUCGGGCCCCCUGCGGCCCCAAGCCCAGAGCACGACGCCCUGGAGGAACUGGACCCGGACCUCCGGCGCAAGCUGGAGAAGAUCUGCAGCCGGGCCUCCACCUUCGGGCUGAAGAGGGCCGACUACCAGCUGCUCUGGGACCAGAGGCUGUACUGCAGGCGGGACCACCCCAGCAGCCUCCCGAAGGUGCUGGCCGGGGCCCCCAGCUGGGACUGGGCCAGUCUGGCUCACAUCCAUUCCCUGCUGCACCUUUGGGCCCCACUGACCCCCGUCACAGCGCUGGAGCUGCUCGACGCUAAGUUUGCAGACACUGAGGUGAGACGUGUUGCUGUGGGGUGGAUAGAAGUGAGCACAGAUGAUGAGCUGGCUGACUACCUGCCUCAGUUAGUACAGGCGCUGAAGUUUGAAUGUCAUCUAAAGAAUGCGCUAGUCAUGGCAUUGCUGUCCAGAGCCCAAGGAAACAUCAAUAUCGCCCACUAUCUAUACUGGCUGCUGAGGGACGCACUGGAGGACCAGGCCUGGAGCCGGCGCUACGAGCAGGUGCUGGGGGCCCUGAUGUGUCUUUGUGGGGCAGGGCUGAGGGCCGAGCUCGACAGGCAGACCAGCCUGGUCAACCUGCUAGCAGGCGUGGCUGAGAGGGUCCGACAGGCGGGGGGCUCUGCGCGCCAGGUUGCACUCCAGGAGGGACUGGAGAACGUCCAGACCUUCUUCCAGAGGAACAGCUGUCGUUUGCCCCUCAGCCCCAGCCUUGUGGCCAAGGAGCUCAACAUCAAGGCCUGCUCCUUCUUCAACUCCAACGCUGUUCCGUUGAAGUUGGCUCUGGUCAACGCAGACCCUCUGGGAGAAGAGAUCAAUGUCAUGUAUAAGGUGGGAGAGGACCUGAGGCAGGACAUGCUGGCCCUCCAGAUGAUUCGCAUCAUGGACCGCAUCUGGCUGCAGGAGGGCCUGGACCUGCGCAUGGUCAACUUCAAAUGCAUCUCUACUGGCAAAGACAAAGGCAUGGUGGAGCUGGUGCCGUCCUCAGACACCCUUAGGAAAAUCCAGGUGGAGUAUGGAGUCACCGGCUCCUUCAAGGACAAGCCCCUGGCUGAGUGGCUCCGCAAGUACAACCCUGCAGAGGACGAGUAUGACAAGGCCUCAGAGAACUUCAUCUACUCGUGUGCUGGCUGCUGCGUGGCCACCUAUGUGCUCGGCAUCUGUGACCGCCACAACGACAACAUCAUGCUGCGCUCCUCCGGACACAUGUUCCACAUCGACUUCGGCAAAUUCCUGGGCCACGCCCAGAUGUUCGGGAGCUUCAAGAGAGACCGCGCCCCCUUCGUUCUGACCUCCGACAUGGCCUACGUAAUCAACGGGGGGGAGCGGCCCACCAGCCGCUUCCAGCUGUUUGUGGACCUCUGCUCUCAGGCCUACAACCUGAUCCGCAAGCACUCGGGCCUCUUCCUCAACCUGCUGUCGCUGAUGACCUCCUCGGGCCUCCCAGAGCUGAGUGGCUCUCAGGACCUAAAGUACGUGUUUGAUGCUCUGCAGCCCCACACCACCGACGCUGAGGCCACCAUCUUCUUCACCAGGCUGAUUGAGUCCAGUCUUGGCAGCAUGGCCACCAAGUUUAACUUCUUCAUCCAUAAUCUGGCCCAGCUGCGUUUCUCUGGUCUGCCUGCUAGUGACGAGCCCAUCCUGAGCUUCUCCCCGCGGACCUACAGCCUGAAGCAGGACGGGCGGGUGCUGCAGGCCUCCAUCUUCUCCUUCCAGAAGAGAUACAGCCCUGACAAACACUACACCUAUGUGGUGAGGCUCCUGAGGGAGGGGCAGAACGAGCCCCAGUUUGUUUUCCGCACCUUCGACGAGUUCCAGGAGCUGCACAGCAAGCUCAGCAUCCUGUUCCCCCUCUGGAAGCUGCCCAGCUUCCCUAACAAAAUGGUUCUGGGCCGCACACACAUCAAGGAGGUGGCGUCCAAGAGGAAACUGGAGCUCAACAACUACGUCCACAACCUGCUGAGGAGCUCCACAGAGGUCACCCAGUGUGACCUCAUCUACACCUUCUACCACCCGGUCGCCCGUGACGACAAGACAGAAGGUGUUGAGGCCACGCCCAAAGCUCCAGAACCCCCGCUCAGCCCCACAGGUGGCCGGGUGGAAGGAGAGGUGAAGGUCUCUGUGUCGUACAGGAACAGCAACCUCUUCAUCAUGGUCAUGCACAUCAGAGACCUGGUUUCUGAGGACGGGACAGAUCCAAACCCCUAUGUGAAGACCUACCUGCUCCCUGACCCUCACAAGACAUCCAAACGCAAGACCAAGAUAACUAGGAAGACGAGGAAUCCAACCUUUAAUGAGAUGCUGGUCUACAGCGGCUACAGUAAGGAGACCCUGGGCCUUCGGGAGCUUCAGCUCAGUGUGCUGAGCGCCGAGUCGCUGCGGGAGAACUUCUUCCUGGGUGGCAUCACGCUCCGACUCAAAGAAUUUGACCUUAGCAAAGAGACGGUCAAGUGGCACAAGCUCACCGCUGUCCCCUACUUCUAGACCCCUCCUUCUAGACCCCUCUCCCGACCCCUCCUUCUAGACCCCUCCUUCUAGACCCCUCUCCCGACCCCUCCUUCUAGACCCCUCCUUCUAGACCCCUCUCCCGACCCCUCCUUCUAGACCCCUCUCCCGUGCCAUACUUCUAGAUCCCCUCACAGGUCACUUCCUGGGGACGGCGUGCACGCAUCUGUCUUCAAAAAUCAAAGCUCCUACAGACGGCCCUCAGAGAGGGACAGCUCCUACAGACGGGCCUCAGAGGGACAGCUCCUACAGACGGGCCUCAGAGGGACAGCUCCUACAGACGGGCCUCAGAGGGACAGCUCCUACAGACGGCCCUCAGAGAGGGACAGCUCCUACAGACGGGCCUCAGAGGGACAGCUCCUACAGACGGGCCUCAGAGGGACAGCUCCUACAGACGGCCCUCAGAGGGACAGCUCCUACAGACGGCCCUCAGAGGGACAGCUCCUACAGACGGCCCUCAGAGGGACAGCUCCUACAGACGGGCCUCAGAGGGACAGCUCCUACAGACGGCCCUCAGAGGGACAGCUCCUACAGACGGCCCUCAGAGAGGGACAGCUCCUACAGACGGCCCUCAGAGGGACAGCUCCUACAGAUGGGCCUCAGAGGGACAGCUCCUACAGACGGCCCUCAGAGGGACAGCUCCUACAGACGGGCCUCAGAGGGACAGCUCCUACAGACGGCCCUCAGAGGGACAGCUCCUACAGACGGCCCUCAGAGGGACAGCUCCUACAGACGGGCCU